AUGAAUCGGUUCCGCAAACAUAAGAAGGUUAAGGAGGUCAAGGAGGCCCGGGAAGUGUUAGAGGGUGGCCAGAAUUCUGCGCCGCCGCCGGCUCUGAGUUUUGAGAGCCUGAAAAUCAAGAACCAUGCCUCCGACAACACCAGCCCGAACUUGGACCUGUCGUCCGCCCUCCCCUCCUCCGACGAUUUCCGAACCAGCUUGCUCAUGCCGAAGCUGUCUGCCAGAUUCAGCAUGCUGAGGGAACAGAACGAUCCAUCCUCAAAAAUUGGCAAGGCUAGCGACGACAGCGUUCUGUUUCCGAAGCGAGCCUCGCGUCUGAAUCUGUUCGGCCAUGUCCCCAAUGCGUUAGCGGACAUCGAUGAAGUCGAAUCCAACGACGGCAGUCGUCCCUCGCUCGCAUUGGGCCGCGCCGAUUCCUACGUGUCUGGCGGAGAUGGAGGAUACGGCACCGACGACGACCGAUCACCCGGCGGCAGCAUCAUGAGUCGCGGCCGACGCACGGAAGGCAACAACCUGUUUGGCGGACGCCAGAAGGUCUAUAAGAUUCCAGUCCGCUCACCCGGCCCUUCGCCGAGCCCGAACGACGCUAGCCCUCGCGGAGGAAUGGGCAAGGCUGUUUACGAGAACGAUUUGAAUCUGUCCACUUUCCAGCGGCUGCGGCUGAAGGAAAAGGCAGAGAGAGAGGCGGCCGAGCAAGCGGCCGAGCAAGCGGCACGGGACGCAAUUCCCCGAGAAUCAGACGAUGCUCACUCGACUAUCUCGUCCACGAAGCGUACCACCUACUCCUCCACUGCGUCCGGGCCCGCCACCAACGCCCGCAGUUCGACCGCUGCUACUUCAAUUGAUGAAUCGCAUAACAUCCAACCCCAGGCUGCUUUGAGUUCAACUCCUGAAUCCCCAACCGAGAAUGCGCGAACGGGAAAGCCACUGCCCUCGCGCUCCCACCGCAUGUACGGCCAGGGAUUAGCCCAGGCAGCUCAGAACCAGCAAUCCUCAACCUUGAGUCGCCUGGAAAGCCUCAACCGCGCUCGUGCCGGCACUCCAGAACUUCCCCCACUGAACCGCAACUUUUCCAAGAGCGCGACCAGUUUGCGUGACCGGCUGCAAAAGCUCGCCGUCGCCGAUCCCGCCUUCGCACCGCUUUCUGCGCCACCUGUGCCCUGUGCCAACAGCCCUCCGUCAUCCGAGUCAUCGAGGCACCGACCUUCCGCAGAGACGCUGACCAAGGAACGCUUCUCACCGACGGCUACCGGAUUCGGGAUUACACCUCCUCUGAGCCCACGGACGAGCGAAGCGGAAGACGGCGCGUCACUGGCCGCAGCUGUCCAACCGGAGGAUCAUGGAAAAGCCACCGCUAUGGGUCUAUUCAACAAACCUGCCACGGCAUUUGAUGAGCAACAGUUCUCUCGUCGCCAGCUCCUGAUGUAUCAGGGACGGAGCACACCUCCAUUGCGACGCCCGUCCCCUCCACGCCGAGCUCCACCACCAGAGCCUGCCGGCCGACCCAGAGGCUUUUCCAAGUCCAGUGUCCGAUCCCGAGCCGAGUCUGCUUCGUCGCACUACAGUAGCGAUCCCAAUCGUAGUGUUGAUCACUCCAGGGCCUCGAGCGUGGAAGCGUCCCCCCGUCGACCUGGUUUGGCCACUUUCUAUGCCGCAUCCACCGCCAGUGAAUCUGGAGAUGACCGAGACGACCGUCGCUCUUACGAGGUGUCAUCUGCCACAUCAUUCGCCACGGAAUACGGCCACUCAAUGUAUCAUUCCACUACCACAGCAUCCAAGCCAGCCACCCCCACCGGAGAUCAUCUGGAAACUCUCCCGGAAGUCACAUAUUCAGAAAUGGGCGACCUCAAGCCAAUUGAGGAGCACGAAGGUGUGGACACGGAUAUCACCCCCGAGCAGCCUUGUUCACCGACCACGCAACCAUCUGGAGCAGACUUGUCUGGAUUGGUUCGAGCCCAGUUACGUCGCGAGAGCGACAUCUACCUCCCUUCAUCCCCCGGGUUCCCCAUGUACCGACAGGAUGGAGGCAUGAGCAACUCGAGCACCCAAGAAUCGUUGUUUCAGAAGUCGGUCAACGCGUCUAUGCUGAGCAACCUUGAAGAGGACGCCGUGUCGCCCCUAAAUGUCCGCCCUGGAACGUCCGGGUCUCAAGCAGCCUCCAGACAGUUCGGAGACGACUCGACCCCUCGUGACAGUGAAGACUCAGCUGAAACAAACGCCUCGCCCGAAAGUACCAGAAGGUUGAAGGACGCCUCAUGGCAAAACGAGCUGGCGCUCCACCAUCGACGAGAUGGUAGCACCGAGACACAGAAGGAGCGAGAGGAAUUUGCCAUUGAACUGGCUGAGAGACGCAGAAAGGUUCAAGAGAAGAUGCGCAGCGUGACUGAAUUCGACAGUCGAUCGAGCAGUCCUAUUCCAGGUCGACAGACCCCAGAGUCGAGUCAGCCGAGACCUGGAAAUGCCUUUGCACUGCUGAACAAGAAGCCCAGCAAGUCCGGCUUCCAAAGAUCCGACUCCAGGUUGAAGAUGUUUGGCUAUGGAAAUACCUCCACGCCCUCCUUGGUGCAGGAUGACGUCCCGCGUGAGGAGGAGCUACGUUCAUCCAACUUUGGCCGGCAUUCCAACUCCAGCUCCCCCAAUGUUGGCGAACGGUCGAUCCGGUCCCGCAUGCCGAUGCUUGGCCGCAGCAGCAGCCGUGAUGGAUCGCGCGACUCAAGCCACAGCCGUGGGCCAUCGCCUGCCGGGGGGCUGAGGUCUCGCUCUGGGUCUGAUGCCUCAGCGACAGCGAGCCGGUCUAAGAGCCGAACCAGAUAUCGUGCUGAGCGCGACGAUCUUGAAACCGUGGAAGAGGGCACGGUUAUCGCGCACGAGAAUUUCGUUGCGCCAGAGAACUUCGAACCCCGCGCCGUCCCUUCAGUCCCCUCCUCGGCUCGUCCCUCAAUGGAGGCAAGCGAGCCGGCCCCCUUGUUCGACCGCACCUCAUCUGCAGCUUCGGGCAGAUACCGCAGCGCCAGCCGCUCUGGUGCUGCCACCCCGAGCUUCCAGUACGAGCAGCCAUUCCAGUUCCCUCGGCCUGGCAGCAAUUCGCCCUCCAUGAUCGGGGUAUCCCCACGUCCCUCACCGGCUGCACCACCCUAUUCUGCCAACGCCACGCCUCCUCUCAACGAGAUACCCUCUGAGCACUCUUCUAGGCCUGGCUCUGCCGCUGGCGGCGGUUCCCACUCGCUCCCUCAACGUGCACCAGGGCACAACGCACUCCCGAAACGGCCAGUGAACAAGAAGCAGAUCUCCGAGCCGACCUUCCUGUCCAGCACAUCCAACGUCCCGACUGUCGGCUUGCCCUCGCCAGAGACCCAAUCCCCAAUUCCCCCUAUACCACCACGGAACCCGCGCAGGCGAGGUACACAGACCAUCAUCGACGCAUUCAAGAGUGACAAGACCGAAUCGCGCAUUAGCUCACCGUUCCCCGCCGUCGACGAACAGAGCACAUUCCAGGACGAGGAAAAGCGCCCUCGCUCUCGCAAUCGUCUGCGCAAGAUGUCCAGCGAGGGCGCCAGUAUGCACGGACGGGCGCGCAAGGACUCACGGUCUGGAUCUGCUCCCGCCGUCCCUGCAUACCCGCCUCCUGCGAUCCCUGUCGACGGAGGCAUGUUCUGA